AUGAGAUUAGCUGCUAUUACAUCCGUCAUGUGCGCUGUCCAGGUGCUUGCAUCUGUUGAAUUUAACUUGGCAUCUGCUGUAGGUGCAUGUAUUUUCUUUGUUGCUGGAGCAAAUGGAGCCUAUAUUGCAGAUAAAGGGGUUGGGUUUGAAAAGAGAAACUUUGGUAAGAUGAAGUCUAAGUUGAUGAAAAAGAAGACAACAUCUACCACAGAUUGUAAUACUUCUGUCACGUCUACUUUUGAUUGUACUACUUCCGUCACUACUACUGCUGCUUCCAGUUCAACUUAUGAUUGUGAGACUUCAAUUAUGACUCCAGUUCCUACUACAACUGACUGUCCAGAAGUUGAAAAGAGAAACUUUAACAUGAUCAAGUCAAAGUUGAUGAAGAAGAAGACCACUUCUACUACAUCAACUGACGACUGCACUACCACUAUCACUUCUACAACCUUUACAGAUGACUGUGAUACUUCCACCGAGACACCAGAUCCUACCACCACCGACUGUCCCGAACUUAAGAAGAGGAACUUUAAUAUGAUUGGCAAAAUGAAGUCCAAGAUGAUGAAGAAGACAACUGCAACAUCCUCUGAAGACUGCACCACUUCGACUGUCGUCCCAGGCACCACCGACUGUCCAGAAGUUGAUAAGAGAAACUUUAACAUUAUCAAGUCAAAGUUGAUGAAGAAGAAGACCACUUCUACUACAUCAACUGACGACUGCACUACCACUAUCACUUCUACAACCUCUACAGAUGACUGUGAUACUUCCACCGAGACACCAGAUCCUACCACCACCGAUUGUCCCGAACUUAAGAAGAGGAACUUUAAUAUGAUUGGCAAAAUGAAGUCCAAGAUGAUGAUGAAGAAGAAGACCACUUCAAUAACCUCUGAAGACUGUACUACUACGACACCCACCAGUGAUGACUGUACCACCUUGACUGUCGCUCCAGUUACCACCGACUGUCCAGAAGUUGAAAAGAGAAACUUUAACAUGAUCAAGUCAAAGUUGAUGAAGAAGAAGACCACUUCUACUACAUCAACUGACGACUGUACUACCACUAUCACUUCUACAACCUCUACAGAUGACUGUGAUACUUCUACCGAGACACCAGAUCCUACCACCACCGAUUGUCCCGAACUUAAGAAGAGGAACUUUAAUAUGAUUGGCAAAAUGAAGUCCAAGAUGAUGAUGAAGAAGAACACCACUUCAAUAACCUCUGAAGACUGUACUACUACGACACCCUCCAGUGAUGACUGUACCACUCCUACUACUACCACCACUGAUGACUGCACCACUUUGACUGUCGCCCCAGUUACCACUGACUGUCCUGAAGUUGAAAAGAGAAACUUUAACAUGAUCAAAUCAAAGAUGAUGAAGAAGAAGGGUACCUCGACCACCUCUUCGGAUUGUACUACUUCUACAACCUCUACUGCAGACUGCGACACUUUUACCAUGACCACAGCUUCUGCUACUACCGAUUGUCCUGAGCUUGACAAGAGAAACUUUGGUAUGAUCAAGUCGAUGAUGAAGGGGCCAGAGACCUCAACCUCGGCUGAUUGUGGUUGGAAUGAUGCCUUGGAAAAGAGAUUUAAACACAAGAAGUUGUUUGGUGGAAAGCACUGGGAUCAAGAUGAGAAUACUUAUGAUGAUGAAGCUUCCACUGCUCAUAUCAUCACAACUUUUACCACUUCAACUUCAGUAUCUGGAUCAACUACUUUUAUUACCAGCACUGUCACUCUUACCAUUACUGAACCAGACGAAACAAUCCCAGUAGAAUCUACUUUAGCUCCAGUAGAAUCUUCGGCGUCAGUUGAUACUGCAGCCAAUCCUACUCCAGCAGAUACCUCUUGUGAAGAAACAACUCCUGAACAACCAACUAAUGCUUCUACAGUUGAUACCACCACCCCAACUGAAUCCGCUCCAGAGAAAGGAUCACCUACAAAUACCCAAGACACCGCUGCACCAAAUGGGUCCGCUUCCCCUUCCGGUUCAGCUGACACCACUACCCCUACUGGUCCUGCCCCAUCUGGUCCUGCUGAUACUGUAAGCACUCUUACAAUCACCCAACACACUACUGAGACUAUUGCUUGCACUACUGGUGAGUGCGCCAUUGAGUCAAGCACUGGUGAAUGGGUCACUGUAUCCGUUAGCACUACUGUGCCUGACGUAUCCGUUAGCACUGGGCUUGGGUCCGAUACCGCUAUCACCACUGCACCAGGGUCCUUGACUGAAGUUGUCACCACUACGGUUGUCACUGAAUGCAACGGGAACCAGUGCACUGAGUUGCCUAUCACAAUCACCACAGUGGUGCCGUGCGAAGUGACAUCGUCAGCCGUGGUAAGCAGCCCCAGCAUCGUGACUUAUGAAGGUGUAGGAGAAUCUCCUUCUCCAAGUUUGUCGUUUAUCUCCAUGAUAUUCAUGGCCUUGAUGUUUGUAUGA